GAUACAAUUCAACCAAUCGUGUGAUAGGACACUGAAAAGCUCUAACGUCGGCUUCUGUGAUUGGUCUAAACGUUUGGCGCCUCUUGAAUCUGGUGCAGCGGUAGUGGGCGGUGAGUGUGAGACAGAGAUCAGUUUGAACCGUAGCUGUGCUGAGGCGGAAACGUUGAAUUUUAAGAUACUGUUUAUAAGUAGGAUAAAAUUAAACGGCGUGAUUCCUAUCCAUAAUCACAGUGUCUGUUGUGCUAAAGAGAGGCCUAAAGUGGAGAAAUCGCAGCUAUUUUGUUUGCCGACUCUGGGUCCGUAAAGCCGGUGUCGAGCUAGGUGAAGCGCUCCCUCAUACUGCGCUAACUGCUAGCUAGUCGUUGAGCUAACGUUACAGCUAGCUGGAACACGGAGCCAGCUAAUCCUCAACACAAAGGACGACUUUGCCAGUGUUUGUCAUAUCGACCUCGAAUCACCCCGUUGAAUGAGGACAGAGCCACCUGUGCAGGUUGAUCAUGGUGCUGACAGGGAAGCGCUCAGAAAAGGGUCCUGCCUGUUGGAAGAGGAGGGUGAAGUCUGAAUACAUGAGGCUUCGGCAGCUCAAACGCUUCAGACGGGCUGAUGAGGUCAAGAGCAUGUUCAGCACCAAUCGUCAAAAAAUCAUGGAGCGAACUGAUAUUUUGAACCAGGAGUGGAAGACCAGGCGAAUCCAGCCAGUACACAUCAUGACGUCUGUCGGCUCUUUAAGAGGCACCCGAGAGUGCACAGUGGACAGCGGUUUCUCUGAGUUCCCCCGGCAGGUCAUCCCCCUGAAGACUUUAAAUGCCGUGGCCUCAGUCCCAGUCAUGUACUCCUGGUCACCCUUGCAACAGAACUUCAUGGUGGAGGAUGAGACGGUGCUCCAUAACAUCCCCUAUAUGGGAGAUGAGAUCCUGGACCAGGAUGGUACUUUCAUAGAAGAGCUCAUCAAGAACUAUGACGGCAAAGUCCAUGGAGACAGAGAGUGCGGCUUCAUCAACGAUGAGAUAUUUGUUGAGUUGGUCAACGCUCUGUCACAGUACAGUGACAACGAGGACGAUGAGGAGGAGGAAGAACAGGACUUCAAGGUAGACAAGAUGGAGUUAUGUGAUAGCAAGGAGCAUCCAGAGGAUCCCCGCAAAGAUGGGCUCAUGAACAGUGAGAGCCGAACCGGCAGUGACAGCACCAAGAAGUUUCCCUCUGACAAGAUUUUUGAAGCCAUCUCCUCCAUGUUCCCUGACAAGGGCUCCACAGAGGAGCUCAAAGAGAAGUACAAAGAGCUGACUGAGCAGCAGCUGCCAGGCGCUCUACCACCUGAAUGCACACCGAACAUCGACGGUCCAAACGCCCGCUCUGUGCAGCGUGAACAGAGCCUGCACUCCUUCCACACUCUGUUCUGCAGACGCUGCUUCAAAUACGACUGCUUCCUCCACCCUUUCCAUGCAACUCCAAACACCUAUAAGCGCAAGAACUUGGAGAACCUGGUGGACAGUAAACCCUGCGGCAUGGACUGCUACAUGUACCUGGUACAGGAUGGGAUGUUGAGUGAGUACUCUACAGGUGUGCCUGCGGAGCGGACCAAGACACCUUCCAAACGCCCAGUGGGCCGUCGCCGCGGACGACUGCCGAACAGCAACAGUCGGCCCAGCACCCCCACUGUUUCCUCGGAAACCAAAGACACGGACAGCGACCGCGAAGGCUGCAAAGAAGACGAGCGAGACAAUGACAAAGACGACGAAGAUAAGAAGGACGAGAACACCAGCAGCUCAGAGGGUAAUUCACGGUGCCAGACUCCAGUGAAGAUGAAGCUGACUGGCGAGGCUGAAGCGGUGGAGUGGAGCGGGGCCGAAGCCUCUUUGUUCAGGGUUCUCAUAGGGACAUACUACGAUAACUUCUGCGCCAUCGCACGGCUCAUUGGCACAAAGACCUGCAGACAGGUUUACGAGUUCAGGGUCAAAGAGUCGAGCAUCAUCGCUCGGGCUCCUGCUGAAGACGAGGACACACCGCCUAGAAAGAAGAAGAGGAAACACCGACUGUGGGCCACACACUGCAGGAAGAUCCAGCUGAAGAAAGAUGGCUCGUCCAAUCACGUAUACAACUAUCAACCGUGUGACCACCCGCGGCAGCCCUGUGACUCCUCGUGUCCCUGCGUCACCGCUCAAAACUUCUGCGAGAAGUUCUGUCAGUGCAGCUCUGAGUGUCAGAACCGUUUCCCAGGUUGUCGGUGCAAAGCUCAAUGCAACACCAAGCAGUGUCCCUGCUACCUGGCAGUGAGGGAGUGUGACCCCGACCUCUGCCUGACCUGCGGCGCUGCAGACCACUGGGACAGCAAGAACGUGUCUUGCAAGAACUGUUCCAUUCAGAGAGGUGCCAAGAAGCAUCUGCUGCUGGCCCCGUCAGACGUGGCUGGUUGGGGCAUCUUCAUCAAAGAGCCCGUCCAGAAAAAUGAGUUCAUCUCUGAGUACUGCGGAGAGAUUAUCUCUCAGGAUGAAGCAGAUCGCAGAGGGAAAGUCUACGACAAAUACAUGUGCAGCUUCCUAUUCAACCUCAACAACGACUUUGUUGUUGAUGCUACAAGGAAAGGCAACAAGAUCCGCUUUGCCAACCAUUCUGUGAACCCUAACUGCUAUGCAAAAGUGAUGAUGGUGAACGGGGAUCACAGGAUAGGAAUCUUUGCUAAGAGAGCCAUCCAGACUGGGGAAGAACUCUUCUUUGACUACAGGUACAGCCAGGCUGAUGCGCUGAAGUACGUCGGGAUCGAGCGGGAGAUGGAGAUCGCCUGACUCAGACUUCUACCUCCUGUGGAUCAACAACACAAAGGCCUUACACUCGAACACAAACACACCUUCGCUUCAGGAAAUCCAGACGACUUGUCAGAAUGCUAGAAAGCUUCAGGAAAACUGGGAAUAUUUGAAAUGGAAUUUUGUUGCUGUUUCCCCCCCCCCACUUUAAAACAAAACAAAAAAAACUAAACAUUUAUAUCUGUGACUUUUAUUUUCU